AUGGCUGGAGAAGGCAAGGCGGCGGCUACUGCUGUCGCUGGACCAUCCGCCGCUCCAGAUCUGGGCCCGCCGUUUAGCGGCUCAGGAACGGCGAAGGCAGAGUUUGUUGAGCUAGAGGGCAAGAAUACAGAAGUUGGAUGGGGCAUCGUGCAUUUCUACAGGGAGGGCGACGAGACGGCUGGGCUUGCCUCCACCCACGAGGUGGCAGAAGAAACUGAAAAUAUGCAAGACUGUACCACGCUCUGCAUCCCUGCAGUCCCGGCCUACAUGACACCCGGAGAUUUCUUGGGCUUCUUGGGAGAACGAUGGCAGAACGACAUUAGUCACUGCCGAAUGGUUAUGACCUCACGGAUGAACCGAUACCUGGUCCUGCUCAAGUUUCGUGAUAGCAAACAGGCGAAAAUGUGGAGGCGAGAAUAUAAUGGCAAGAUAUUCAACUCUAUGGGGUCCCAGUCCCAAGCCUGCCACGUGGUCUUCGUCAAGAGCAUCACCUUCGAACGACCGAGCCCAUCUCGGGGGCACGAAUAUUCUCUUUCGUCGUCUUCGUCGGCCAUUUCGAAUAGCCUGAAGCCUUUCCCACCUCCGACUCCAAGCCUUGUGGAGCUGCCUACGUGCCCCCGCUGGAAAGGAGCUGGCUGCCCGGUCUGCCGGUUCACAAAUCCUUCCGAGGAGAGAGAUCCGUCAAAUCCUUACAGUCAACCUUUUGGAGGGUCAGCGUCGAAUCUGUGCAGCGUCUGUGAUUGUGCUGACGAUCUCUGGAUUUGCCUUAUAUGCGGAUAUCUGGGGUGUGGCCGAUAUAAAGGAGGGCAUGCCAAGGAUCACUGGAAAGACACGGCACACUGCUUUGCUUUGGAGCUGGAAACACAGCACGUGUGGGACUAUGCGGGUGACAUGUGGGUGCAUCGUCUCAUUCGUGAUAAAGGCGAUGGCAAGGUCGUCGAGCUUCCGGGAAGAGGUAACUACACCGCCAAUGGCGAAGGGGCGGAUGAGGACAUGGUACCGCGUGCAAAACUGGAGACGAUUGGCCUCGAGUAUACCCAUUUGCUAGGGAGCCAGCUCGAGUCUCAGAGGGCCUAUUACGAGGGAAUGAUCAACAAGAGUGCUAAUAAGGCUUCGAAAACCUCGGCCGAAGAGACGCUCCCGCAGCUGGAGCGCGAUCUUGAACGGGAGAGGAAUAAGGCGAAGAAGGGAGAGAACCUUGCCAGGAGUCUUGGCCAGUCACUACAAGAAGAGAAACGACUCAAUGAAGGACUUAUGAAACGCAUUGAGCAUUUGGACACUGAUGUCGAGGCGAUACGCAAGCAGUUGGAGGAGCUCAGGGCAGAAAAUGCAGAACUGAAGGAAAUGAAUCGAGACUUGACCAUGUUCAUCUCUGGGCAGCAGAAGCUUAAGGAGUUGGAAAACGAGGGGCAGAUCGAGGAGGGUGAGCUGGAGGGAGGCACUAUGAGCGUUCCCGAAGCCAAGAAGAAGAAGGCGAAUAACAAAAAGAAGGGGAAGAAGUGA